AUGGUACUUUCAUCUUCUGUGUCAUUCUUGUGUAUAUCCAUAGAAGUCUGCCAAGUUCCUCAUCUACCCGUCCACAAAAAAGCGGUGAUUAUUACAGGAUGUGACCGAGGCUUUGGACAUGCUCUUGCUAUCAAACUUGAUCAGAUGGGCUUCAAAGUGUUUGCUGGUUGCCUAUUCAAUAAAGGCGAUGGUGCUGAAGCUUUAAAAAGAAUUUGUUCUGACCAAUUACACGUUCUUCAACUUGAUGUCCGAGAUCCAGAACAAGUUGAUGGUGCAUAUAAUGCUGUUGAAGAAAAAUUAAAUGAUUAUGAGUUGUGGGGUCUUGUGAAUAAUGCUGGAAUCUGUUUCAUUGGCAACUCUGAGAUGAUAUCCAGAAAUGACUCCCUCAGAAUUAUGGAUGUCAACUUUCGUGGACCCUACUUGAUGUGUUCAAAGUUUUUACCUUUGCUCAGAAGAAGUCAAGGUAUCAAAAUUAUACCAAGUGGAUACAAAACAGGCAUCAUAGCCUAUGACAAAGCAAAAAUGGCUGAAAAAUGGUGGGCUGAAGCUCCAGAUAUUGUAAAAGAAGAUUUUGGAAAAUCUUCAUUCCUUAUUAAAUCUAAAGCUACAGAUUCAGAUGAAAUGCUUUCCACAGAUAUCUCUCCUGUUAUCAAUGCUAUGAUUGAUGGUCUGCUUUCUACUAAUCCCAAACCUAUCUACUACAAAGGAUUCCUGGCACGUUCUCUUCCUUUUCUCUACUAUCACUUACCAAGUCCUCUACGAGAACCUGUAAUUGGUAUUUUUACUGACUGGUUUGACUUCCAACCAUCUUGUCUGCAAGAUGUUGAUUAA